AUGUUCAGCUUAGCAAAACUAUCAUAUAUUCAAUGUGACGAAUUUCAAAAGUUUUGGUACAAUACCACACCAAAUAAUGUAAUUAAAUUUAAUAUCCUACAGUGUUGUGAAACCUUGAUGGCCUACUCAAAAGGCAAUAAAAAAAUUGACUGUCGGUUGGAUACCAAGAUAUGCUCCAUUGCUGCAGACUCUGCUCACCUUGAUUGUUUACAGAUAGCUCACCAAUUCGGUUUUGCAUGGAACAAAGAUAUAUGUAUGGCUGCUGCAAAAAAUGGGGAUUUAGCUUCUCUAAAAUUUGCCCAUGAAAAUGGAUGUUCAUGGGAUAGAAGUAUAUGUUACACUGCAGCAAAACAUGGUAAUUUGGAAUGUUUAAAAUAUGCUCAUGAGAACAAGUGCCCUUGGGACAAAUAUACAUCUAACUGGGCAGCAAAUUGUGGCAAUUUUGAUUGUUUGGUAUAUGCAUUCAAAAAUGGUUGCCCCUGGGAUGAAAGAACAUGCAUGUUGGCUGCGCAUAAUGGAUAUAUUGAUUGCCUAAAAUUUGCUCAUGAAAAUGGUUGUCCAUGGGGUGAAGAUACAUGCAAAUGGGCUGCAAGUAGUGGAGAACUAGAAUGUUUAAUGUACGCUCAUAGUAAUGGUUGUCCCUGGACUGCAGAUACAUGUAUCAAGGCUGCAACAAAGGGCAGACUUGAAUGCUUAAAGUAUGCGCACAUCAAUGGGUGUGAAUGGGAUAAAAAAACAUGCUCUAUGGCUGCCGCAAAUGGAAAUUUAGAUUGUUUAAUGUAUGCCCAUGAAAAUGGGUGCCCGUGGGAUGAAUCUACAACAUUCAAUGCAGCCGAAAAUGGACAUUUAGAUUGCUUAAUUUAUGCUGUUACUAAUGGAUGUUUUUGCGAUGAUAGAACUACUAGUUCUGCCGGUAGAAAUGGGCAUUUGGAUUGUCUAAAGUUUCUGCAUGAAAAUAAAUGUAUUUGGGAUUCAUUUUUGAUGUUUGGAUGUGCAAAAUAUGGGCAUAUUGAUUGUCUCCAAUAUGCACAUGAGAAUGGAUGUCCAUGGCAUUUCGAUACAUGUUACCAGGCUGCAUUGAAUGGCCACUAUGAAUGCUUAAGAUAUGCUCGAAAAAAUGGGUGUCCUUGGGACGAAAAAACACGCGAAUGGGCUGCCAGUAAUGGACAAUUUGAGGACUGUUUUUAA